AUAUAUAAAUUAACACCAAUCAUACAUUGGUAAUAUAAUUUUAUUUUUAUUUUUUUUAUCGAGAAAGAAAAUAUUCUUAAGUUAAAGGUUAAAUACCCUUUUUGGUCCCUCUACUAUAGGAAAAAGCCCCUUUUUAAUCCUUGUACCAAAAAAAUCCCCUUUUUGGUCCUUACUGUUCACAAAUCCGGCCCCUUUUUGGUCCUUCCGUUAAUUUUUGGCUGAUGUGGCAGGUUAACUUAACUAGAACAGCUGAUGUGGAUAUGUCAACGCAUAAAAUAUGUUUAUGUGGACUCCACGUCACCCUCCACGUCACCCCACUUCCUCCAGCCUUUUUUUUUUUGUCCUUUUUUCCUUUUACCUUCAGACGCACUCAGCUCGCGGGUUUGUGAUGAACCCAGGAAAUGGUAUGAGACCAUCUUACUAAGUAUGGUUUUAUGAAUAGUUAUUCUGUUUGGUGGGCACAUGGUGAGACAUUUGUGAAUUCAGCAGAUCCAUGGUCUGCUACUAAUCUGGGAGAAUCAUCACAUAGCCAAGAUACACACCAUGAUGAAAGGAAUGACUUUCGUGAAAUGGUGUAUGAUGCAUUUUGUCUAGAGGAUGAUGAUAAUCGGGAAAUGGAAGGUAAUUUCCCCAAUCAACAUCUGGACGAGGAACCAAACAAUCAAGCAAAGGCAUUUUAUGACUUGCUUCAUGCAUCUACAAUUCCACUUGGUAGUGCUAAAAGAAAUGAGAUAGUGCUUAACUGGCUUUCUUAUAUGUUGCAUACAAAGAUUGCAAAUAAUAUAACUGCUAUUGGUUUAAUGCCAUUCUCAAAGGAUGUAGAAGGCAGUCCCCUUCCUCGAUUGGAUGGUGUUUCAAUGCGUCACCAAGUUGAAAACCUUCCUGAUGUGUUGUUUGGGAAACCCUUUGAAAACCAAACAAUUGAGGGUUUUGGGAACAUCCAUAAUUGGGUGAAAAGGCGCAUGCGCAAACUUAAGAGUACCAUAGGGAAUAAAAAUCAUGUCAAGGCAUCAAUUGUUGAGGCAUUUAUAUUAUACGAGAUAUCCCACUUUUGCUCUCGUUAUUUUGGGGAUGAUGUUGAGAUAAGCUGGAAUCAGCCUCCAAGGAACUAUGGUGGCAUUGGAACACGUCCCAGUAGCGUAGCUCCGGAUAUACAGCAAACGAUUGAUCCAUUAAUGGAUUAUAAUUUUGCACCUGAUCAUGAGAACGAGGGCCCUUCAUCCUUGAUGGGGAAAAAAGGACGAAGCAGGAAUUUAAAAGGAAUACACCCUCCAAAAAAUAGAGAGAGCAAGAAAUGGGUUAAACUCACUAAUGAUAAGCUCCAGUUUGCUGAUCCAAACAUCCCUCGGGCUAUCACUUCACUAUGGAAGUCAUGUUUUGAUGGCCCGUAUUUCACAUACGAGCGUGUCUCCCAAAGCAAGAUUGUUGAAAUAUAUAAUUGUUUCAAGACACUUUACCAGUGGGAUCCUGCAGAUAAUCGUCAUGUGCGAGAUACAUUCCUAAAUUGUAUGAAACAUAGAUGGAGUGACAACCUCAGGGAUGAGAAGUUGAAAUGGGACAAGAACUCAGCCUAUGUCCAACGUUGGAUCCCAACUCAUAUAUGGCCUCAACUGCUGACAUAUUGGGACUCUAAUGAAUAUCAGAGGCUCAGUGCAAGGGGAGCAAAGAAUAGGAGCUCUGGGGAAAGGGUGACUCACACCACUAGGUCCAUUAGCUUUGGCAUCCAUGAGAUGCGGAUGACUGAGUCUAGAGGUGGUGUGCAACCUCCCCAUCAGGAGAAAUUCAAGGAAACGAACACCUUCAAAAAAAUAGGCGAGAAAGGAUCAAGAGCCAGUGAUACUUAUGUUGCGGAGUGCACAGAUAGUCAUGGCUCUGAUGCUAGUUCAUGGCCACGCAUGGAUAACGAAGCAUGGGUUAAGGCUAUUGGAGGUUGCUCAUCUAAUUUCAUGCCAAGGAUUGGCUCCCAAGUAAAUCCAGAAAUGGUUGGUUUUACUUACAGGAAGAGACAACCCCAAGAAAACUUAAUAACAGCACUAAUGGUGUCUGACUAUGAGGAGACACGAGCAAAAGAUCAUGAGGAGUUAGAAAGACAACGCCAACAAAUUGCUCUGAUACAACAACAGCUGGCCAAUAUGAUAGAAGCUCAGAAUAGUAUGAGCCAGACAAUCGCACAAUCUGUUGCAGUAGCUCUAGCUGCUCAUGGCGUCUCCCCUCAGGCAGGUCAUCAUCUAGUUGCCCCACCACAGUCGUCACAUGGUCCUGGCUCAGGUCUUCGCAUGAAUUCAUCUUUCACCUACUCCACUAAUUCUACACAAACCUCUCCUAUGGUCCCUGAAUAUCAGCAACAGCGGCAAUUUCCGCCUCAAGAUGAGGAUGCAUACCAUCCUACUUUUGAUCCAGACUAUUAGGGUCCUUAGGUUUUUUAUUUUUCUGCUACGCACAUUAUCUACAUACUUUGCAUGGUUGGUUUUAUUUCUAUUAGUACUUUAAAUUGUUAACUUUAGCUUUUAUUACGAAAUAUUUUCUUAUUUUGCUUGACCUCUAGUGAUCAUACUUCAAAAGGUAUGAAGUUUUGGACUGCUUUGGAGGUUAAUUAUUAUUAACUAAAUAUCAUGGGUAUUU